AUGUAUUUAUUUGAUCACAAAUUAUUUUUUAUCCCAUCAUUGCGAUACUCUUGUAAUUUGCAUCGAAAUCCUAACAGUACUGUUUUAGAUGAUGUUUCACAACCAAUUGAGGAAGACAGCAAAAUAGGCGUUAAGAAGAGAAAAUCCAACUCGGACAGCUGUUCCAUCAAAUCCGAGCCUUACGAUGAUGACGACGAUGUGAAGGUUGUCGCGCAAAACAACGAAGUCAAACUCGAUUGUCAGUUCUGCGGAUGCUCUUUCGAGACGGUCUCAGAUCUCCAAACCCAUACUCUCCGAGAUCAUAUUCCUAUGCCCGUACCUUCGCUCGAAUGUCAGCACUGUUGCGCCGUACUGCCAUCGUUCGCCGCAUUCGUACUUCAUAUGAGAGGACAUCUGAGCGAUCGUGACGAGAACAGAUGUCCUCGUUGUCCGCUAACCUUCAGUGAUGGACAGGUGGGACCACAAAAAUUAUAGUU